CGGGGCUGCCUGGUGAGGUGUGUGCAGCGUUGUCCUCUUGUUGCACAGCUGUAUGAGUUGGACGGUGACCCCCGGAGGAAGGAGUUCCUGGACGACCUCUUCAGCUUCAUGCAGAAGCGAGGGACCCCCGUGAACCGGAUCCCCAUCAUGGCCAAGCAGGUGCUGGAUCUGUACAUGCUCUACAUGCUGGUGACGGAGAAGGGAGGCCUGGUGGAGGUCAUCAACAAGAAGCUGUGGCGAGAGAUCACCAAGGGGCUCAACCUGCCCACCUCCAUCACCAGCGCGGCCUUCACGCUCCGCACCCAGUACAUGAAGUACCUGUACCCCUAUGAAUGUGAGAAGCGGGGCCUGAGCAACCCCAACGAGCUGCAGGCGGCCAUUGACAGCAACCGAAGGGAGGGCCGCCGGCAGGGAUUUGGCAGCUCGCUCUUCACCUACUCACCUGGUGGCACCCAUGGGCUCCUCUCCUCACCCAAGCUGCCGGUGCCAGCCCUGGGGUUGGCCUCAGCCACCAACGGCGGUGCCAUCGCUCCCGUCCAGAAGAUCAAGAAAGAGGAGGACGCACCCAUCCCCAUCUCCAUGCCCAGCCGGCUGCCGGUGUCGCUGGCCGGACACCCAGUGGUGGCAGCUCAAGCUGCAGCCGUGCAGGUGGCAGCAGCAGCCCAGGCCGUGGCACUGGAGCAGCUGCGGGAGAAGCUGGAAUCAGGGGAACCCCCGGAGAAGAAAAUGGCACUGGUGACAGACGAGCAGCAGCGGCUGAUGCAGCGUGCCCUGCAGCAAAACCUCCUGGCCAUGACAGCACAGCUGCCCAUGAGCAUCCGCAUCAACAGCCAGGGCACGCGCUCGCCAGAGAACCGCCAGGACACCUCCAGCAGCACAGCCAACAACGGCACCAACAGCAUCAGCAUGUCGGUUGAGAUCAACGGUAUCGUCUACACAGGUGUGCUGUUCGCCCAGACGCCCGGCCCUUCCUCCUCCUCCUCCUCGUCCUCCUCCUCCUACAGCAAAGGCAACGGCGGCAGCCGCGGCAGCGGCGGCGACAAAGGCACCAACAGCAGCGCGACGGGGGGCAGUGGGAGCAGCAUGGGCAGCGUCCCCCCCGCUGCUCCCCCCGCCGUGCCUGUGCCCCCCCCCAGCUCUACCUCCAACAACGCUUCGCCUUAACGCCCCCCCAUCCCUACACACAGCCAAAACCACCCCGAGGUGCCGGGGGCUGCAGGUGGGCCAGGGCAAUGCCGGGGGGGGGGGUGGGGUGGGGUGGGGGUUAAGGGGGGGCUCAGCCUCGAGGUUUUCCUUCAGGGUCUACCCGGUGCCGCCCCCCCCCUCCCCCCCCUCAACCUGUUUACCUCACACACAUCACACUUUGCACUGUACAUUUAUUAUUAUUAUUAUUAUUUUUUAACUCGUGUUACCUCCAGACAGACGUACGGACGCCUGCCAACGCGAGCUUUAAUGAAACCUCCUGGCACUCGUUAAAGGAAAAAAAAAAAAAACACGAAACAACAAAGCAAAACAAAACAAAAAGAUAAAAAAAAAAAAAAAAAAAAAGUUGGAAAUCGGGAGAUAUUUUAUUCAUUAGAUCCUUUUUCUUCCCCCCUCCCCUCCUCUAUUUUGAGAACUACACUUACUCUAUGGGAUUUUCAGAGGUUGUUGUUUGAUUGUUUUUGUUGUAAAUAGCUUCUAUUUUAUUCUCUAAAAAGAAAAGAAGAA